CUCCAUCCAACCUCUCUCUCUGCAUGCAUCUACUCAAAAGCAGUGCAGUGCAGCGCAGGCAUAAAAGAAUCGCACACCCGCCCAAUCCCAGCAUCCAACGCCCUCCGCUGCUGGGUUCAUCCGCUGUAUAAAACCCUCCCCGCGGUGUCCAUCCAUCCAUCCAUCCACCCUCUCUGCCCAGCAGAUUUCAUCACCUCUCUCUGCCCCCUGCUCUCCACCAAUCUGCUCUGCUUGCUCAUCGUCUGCAAGCAAAUUCUUCCUGAGAGAUCAUACAUCCGCCGUCGGCUCUCGACUGAGUAGGAUGCCAACAGCUGUUCGCCGAGUGGUGGCGUUCUUCCUGUGAUCGUCAUGAGAAGUGGCGCCUCGCGUAUUACUACAGAUUGUUGAUGCAAGUUUGCCAAGUGAGGACAGAUCCUCGCGCACCACAAAACUAGCGGAAUACUUCAGUCGAAAUCAACACCAUUUUUCUCGAAUUCCCCACAAAACCAAUAAACAUCUCUAGGAGUUGAGCAGCUCGCAGCAGUGAAGUGAUGCAGGGAGGUCCAGGCUACGGGUACGGCGGCUACGGCUACGGUGCCGGCUAUGACAUGACCGGGUACGGCAACGGCGGAGCGUACUACACCAACGACCGGUACCCCACGCCGGCACCGGCGCCGGCUGCCUAUGAGGACCCGCUCGCCGGUCGGAGGCAGCACGACUUCCCGGCGCCGCUCACCGGGCUCGAGUUCCAGCCGUCGGAUGCCUGCCCCAAGAACUACGUCAUCUUUGAUCAGACCUACGACCGGAGCAGGGUCAUGUACAACCCGUCGCUGCCCAACAACUUCGGUUCCUCCGGGGGCUAUGACCAGCACGGCAACAACGGCGGCUAUGAUCACAACUACAGCGGCGGCCACGACGGCGGUAAAUGCUCGACUGGGCAGAAGGAGGACAGCGACGAGAUCGACGCGCUGAUGAGCUCCUGGGACGGCGAGGAGGAAGACGACGUGCUGAGCACGGGUCGCACUUCAGGGUGCCGCGGCGACGGCUCCCCGGACUCCACGUGCUCCCCCGGGUACGUGGUGAGCGUCAGCCCGAGUGGCGGCGGGGGUGGCGAGAGGAAGAAAAACCGGAUGAAGAAGAUGAUGAAGACGCUCAAGGGGAUCAUCCCCGGCGGCGACCGGAUGGACACUCCCGCCGCCCUCGACGAGGCCGUCAAGUACCUCAAGUCGCUCAAGGUGGAGGCCAAGAAGCACGGGGUGCGCGGAUCAAGAAGCUAGAUAGCGACCUCACAUGGCAACGCAGGGCGACUCAAUGAGCUCAAUGAUGGAGGCGGAAGACCGGGUAGUUUGGUGCUCCUUUUUGCACUGCCAGUGCCAUGAUUUCACCUCGUGGAGCUCCCGAGGAUCAGUGCAAAGGAAUGAUGAUGGAUGGUGUUGUAACUAUCAGGCCGAUUAUAUACACCGUGUUUUUGUUUA